CGGGUGGGCGCUGCCGGCCGGGCGCCAGCCCCGAGGCGGCUGUUAACCGCCGCGGAAGGGCGGCGAGCGCGAGCAGCGCUGAUUGGGCGCCGGGACGGCAAGCGCGGGUCACACGCCGGGGGCGGCGGCGGCGGCGGCAGCAGCGACCUUCAGCACGUCCCCGCUGGGCGCCUGCGCGUGCCCGCCCGCGCGCGGGGCCGGCCCCGCCCCUGCCCCCCCCCCGCCCAUGUGGCGCCUCAGCACCGGUAGGCGCGAGUGCCGGGCCGUUGGGCUUCUCUGUAUCCCAUCACGCUGAAUUCCUGGUUGGCUUGUUUAUGAUUUGUCGCCGUGGUCUCUUCGUGAUGUUUUUAUGAGUGGUGUUUCUUACAUCGAAAAAAGGAAGCAUGAUAUGACUGUAAGUGGAAGAGUGGUUCUUCAGCAGUAAUAUGGCAGUGGAAAAUUAAGGACCCUCAGGAAGCCUUUUAAAUACAAUGAUAAAGGAAGAAAUGACAAAUGAUACCAGAAAAAAUUUACUAAGUAUAAAGGAACGCUCAUAAGAAAUAAGAAGAGAUUUGACAGAUUCUGGACUAUUUUUUGGUUGGAAAAUCCUAUACCCUGCUGAUAGAGAAACCAGAUUUGAGUUCUUCUUUCUCCUUUCUCAUUUGAAAAGUGCAGUAGUGGCUCCCCAUUCACUUCAAUGCAAGUUUGCUGCUAAUGGGUGUAAGUAAAUUGGAUGUCUUAUACAGAAAGCUUCUGCUCACUAAACUCUUCAUCAGAGGAUGGGGAAAGCCUGAAGAUUUGAAAAGAAUAUUUGAAUUCAGAAAGAUUAUUGGAAACAGGGAAAAAUGCCAGAAGCUGAUUUCUAAAGAUUACCCAGUGUUCAUUGACAAGGUUGAGGAGCAGUCAGACUGUAAAAUCCUUGAGGGGCACUUCAUUUCCCCUUUGGCUCAUUAUGUUCCAGGUAUCCUGCCAGUCGAAUCUCUUAUAGCAAGGAGAAAAAUAACAAUACUGCCUAGGAGAGCUGGUCAUAAGGCUGUUCAUCUGAAGUUCCAUUUCUCCACUCUGCAAAAUUUAAAUUGUGAUGAUGAGAUUUCAGUUCAUAAUACCCAGAAGAUGGAACAGUAAACACAGACCAGUGUGCAUUCAUUUAGCAGGCACUGGA